AGGAGUAGGGGGAUAGGACUAUUUCUAAGAUAUUGUCCUGGGUAGGAAUACUGACCUUAGAGUUUAAAGAGCUCACUGAUGUCAUUUGGCACAAAUACUUUAAAAAAUGUGAGUGUCGGCCCUACCCAACCUUCCCAGACACUCCCUGUGACAGAGAAGGGGACGGCACCUCUAUCAGUCACUCCGCUGUUGCUCACAAGGAAGCAAAGCUUCCAUUUAAAGCAAAAGAAAGCUUUAAUUUGUGGUUGUGAUGUUAUCUUUUCUUGUACAGAAGGAAAAAAAUUGUGAUUCUUGAUGGCUGUCAGUUCUGAGCUGGAGGAUCUCUUGGCAGGAGGGGUGGGGGACAACCCCACGCAUACAUCAUACUCUUUGGGAAGCUUCAGGACAAAAAAUGGUAGAUUCCCUGGGGAAGGCAGAGUAAGUCACGAGGAAGAAAUGUACCAUGUUAGCUGUUUCUAGCGUGCACCUAAACACUCUCUCUGCCCAUUUUUGCCUCAGAAUCCACAUUUCCGUGCAGAUCCCACACCAGGACGGAAUGCUACCCCUCAUCUCCACCAUGCCGCUGCACAACCUGCAUUUUCUGCUGUCCGAAUCCAUCUACAGGCACCAGCACGUCUGCUCCAAUCUCAUCACCACCCAAGACCUGAGAGGCAUCUCAGAGGCAGGGUUCCUGGACGACAGGGUCUACGACAGCACGGCCCUGGGUCCUGGUUACGACCGCCCCUUCCAGUUUGACCCCAGCGUCCGGGAGCCCAAGACCAUCCAGCUCUACAAACACCUGAACCUGAAGAGCUGCGUCUGGACCUUUGAUGCCUAUUACGACAUGACUGAGUUAAUUGAUGUCUGUGGUGGGUCUGUCACUGCUGACUUCCAGGUGAGAGACUCUGCUCAGUCGUUCCUGACCGUCCACGUGCCUCUCUAUGUGUCCUACAUCUACGUGACAGCCCCCAGGGGCUGGGCCUCUUUGGAGCACCACACUGAAAUGGAGUUUUCCUUCUUCUAUGACACUGUUCUCUGGAGAACAGGAAUCCAGACAGACAGCGUGCUCUCUGCAAGGCUUCAGAUAAUAAGAAUCUACAUUCGAGAGGAUGGCCGUCUUGUCAUUGAAUUCAAGACCCAUGCCAAAUUCAGAGAUGCCGAGAAUGCCCUUCCACCUUACUAUCUCCCCAAGUCUGUGGUUCCUAUCCUCUUACUAGAGAGCCAAUGA